AAAAUGGAUUCCUCUUCCUCAUCUUCUUCAUUUUGUGUUCCACCGGAGUUAGACGAUUCGUCUACGGGGAGUACUUUUUAGUUUUUUAAUCAAGUGUACGCCGAGCUUGAAGAUACCGGCACCUCUACCGACACUCGUAGGUAUAUUGAUCGAGACCGGGAAGAAGCUCACGCGAUACUAAUGCGUGACUACUUCGUUGAAGACUCGAAGUUUGACGAAACAUUUUUUCGUCAUCGUUUUCGCAUGAGCAAAAGGUUGUUUUUGAAGAUUGUUGGUGAUAUUGAAGCUAACUUUAGCUACUUUCAAGAGGGGUACGACGCACGGGGUAAAAAAAGUUGCAUCGCUCUUCAAAAGUGCACAUCAGCGAUCAAGCAACUGUCUACGGGUGAACCUUCAGACGCGUAUGACGGGUAUUUAUGUAUGGCUGCUAGAACGGGACACGAGACCAUGGAGUACUUUUGUGAUGCGGUCGUCAAUUUGUAUCAAAAGGAGUUCUUACGUAGGCCGACAUCUCAUGGCAUUGCUCUCAUCACACAAGCUCAUGAAGAAAGACACCACAUUCCAGGAAUGCUUUGUAGUCUUGAUUGUACACACAUCGAAUGGAGGAUGUGCCCUAGACACUUAAAGGGGCAAUACACAAAGGGUGAUCACAAGCAGUCGCCGUUGUUUUAAAACGAGCGUAAUGGAUCCGCGCCAGACAGUUCAUUUAACUUAAAUGGACAAGAUUACAAGCGCGGUUACUACCUUACCGAUGGAAUCUAUCCUAGGUGGGCUGCGUUUGUUAAAGCUUAUCCUCAUCCAGUGAAACAAGAUGAAAAGAAAUUUAAAAGACUUUAAAAGGCUGCAAGAAAGGAUGUUGAGCGAGCGUUUGGUGUUCUCAAGGGAAAAUGGAAGAUCUUGGACCGUCCUCUCUGGCUAUGGACAAAGGAGAAGAUCAAAAAAGUCGUCGCUGCGUGUACUAUACUACACAACAUGAUCAUCAAAGACAACGGGCGGGCGAUAUCACCGGUUCAUAUUAUGGAUCCACCGGUGCAAAGAGUUUAUAACCCGGAAGCAAACCGGGAGAUAAUGGACGAGAAUGUGCAUCAUCGGCUCCGAUACGAUCUCACGACGCAUGUAUCGGCUUUAGACUUAUUAUUCCUUGACGAUCCAGCGAUGCAGCCACCAUCAGUCGCGAGUUUGAUUUAGUUGUCUUCAUUUUAGAAAUUUAUAAUUUAAAUUUAUGUUCUUUUUAA